AUGAGUGAACAAUCAGCAAAAAACAAUUCCAUUCAAGAGGGACCCACAGAUAAAAGUUCUCCUGAGAAAAGCUGUCAAAUUGGACAGAAACAACUGCAACAAAUAGAGCGGCAGUUAAAAUGCCUGGCAUUUCAAAACCCUGGACCACAGGUAGCAGACUUUAAUCCUGAAACAAGGGAGCAGAGAAAGAAAGCACGAAUGUCAAAGAUGAAUGAGUAUUUUUCUGUAAAAUACAAAAUUGUGAGGAAGUAUGACAAAAGUGGCAGGCUCAUUUGUAAUGAUGCUGACCUGUGUGAUUGCCUAGAGAAGAAUUGCCUGGGCUGCUUUUACCCCUGCCCCAAAUGUAACUCCAACAAGUGUGGGCCGAAGUGCCGCUGCAACCGACGGUGGGUCUAUGAUGCCAUUGUCACUGAAUCUGGAGAGGUCAUCAGCACGCUGCCAUUUAAUGUUCCUGACUAG